AUGAAACAUAUGUUGAUGUUAUGUUUCUGCUCAUCUUUGCUCUUUUGUAAUAUUCAAAAUGCCUUACUUUUAGAACAACGCAUCAUUGGUGGUCAAGUAGCUCGAGCAGGACAAUUUCCAUUUUCAGCAGCAAUUUACAAAACUACAUCAGAUGGUAAUUAUUUUUGUGGUGGAGCUCUUUAUACCAAUCAGUGGAUUAUAACAGCCGGCCAAUGUGUUGACGGUGCUAUUUUAUUCACAAUUUAUUUAGGAACAAUCAGUCUACAAACACUGGGAUCAGGAAGUAUUAGACUAGCGACAGAGGAAUAUGUACUUCAUCCAGAAUUUAACCCUCUAACUUUGGAAAACGACAUUGGUUUAAUAAGACUUCGCAUGCCAGUGGAAAGGACCGAUUACGUUCAACCAAUGACAAAUUUACCCUCAAGCAAUGUGCCAGUAGGUGCAAAUUAUCUUCAAGCAAUGGGGUGGGGACAAACUAGUGAUAGUAUUUUUAUUUAUAAAUUGUGA